UGUCAUGGGCCUUCAUCAUCGUGCUAAAUCUAACGGCGUCAAUUUACUCCAACCUACACACGCACAAAACCUUCAAAACCUGAGUCAACAUCGUUAGACCUUUUUCGAAUCUUCCCGGCGGCAAUGGCGAUUCCGGUUACUUCAAUCCUACUCAUCGUCGCCGUAACAAUUCUCUCCACGACGACGCGUUUUGUCGAACCGAGCAGCGACAAUAACAACGUCUUCUCGCCGUGCACCGAUGCGACCAUACAGAGAUCGGACGGUUUCACUUUCGGAAUCGUUUUUGCGUCGAGGACUGCGUUUUUCUUCAACAGCUCGGUUCAGUUGUCACCUUGCGAUAGGAGGCUUUCUCUUUCGAACUCACAACUCGCUGUCUUUCGCCCAAAAGUGGAUGAGAUCUCCCUUCUCACGGUCAACAGCAGUACUUUUCCACCGGAUAACGUUGGUGGGUAUAUGGUGGCAUUUGCUGGUAGAAAAUACGCUGCAAGAUCAAUCCCUGCCUUUGUUGCAAACAGCACCUACAUCGUCACCAGUUUCACCCUAGCGAUGGAGUUCCAAAAGGGGAGACUACAGAACUUGUUUUGGAAAAGAGACGGGUGUUCUUCAUGUUCAGGAAAAAGCAACUUUGUGUGCCUUAACAAUCAGGAUUGUGCAAUCAGGACUAAUUCUUGCAAGAACAGAGGAGGAACAGUUGAUUGUAGCAUUGGAAUACAGCUUGCGUUUUCUGGAACUGAUAAACAUGAAUCGGUUUUUAAUUCAUGGUAUGAGGUUAAAAACCUUCGUCAGUACUCUCUGUUUGGGCUUUAUCAAAAUCUUAAGGAUUCUCUUACUAGUCAGUACAAUAGUUUCUUUUAAGUUUUAAACAAGAUGACUUUAUAUCUUUGCUCAUUCACGGAUCGUGUUUUUAUGUUUUUGUGAAGUUUGGAUUUGAAAAUUCUGUGUUUUUGUAAAUUGUUGUACCACAAUGAGAUGAUAUAUUAACCGUGUUCUAUCGA